AUGGUGACCAUGCUGCUCGGGCGUAGGCUGCUGCAGGCGGCCGUGCAGGACGCGCAGGUCGAGGAUGAGGCUCUUCGCACGCUGCAGGCGCACGACCGGUUCUUCUGCGACACUAUGGAGAACAUCCCGGCGGCCUUCUACUUCCCCACGGACGCCGAGGCGAACUGGAAGAAGUCGGCGCCCAAGAAGUACCACAAGAACGUGCAGGCUCUGAAGCAGCAGGAGCCGUGCAAGAAGAACCUGCUGAAGCGCGCCAAGUUCUCGCCGGCGGCGCAGCAGAGCAACGAGGAGCGGCAGAAGGCCACGGCGGCCGCCGAGCAGCAGGAGAAGCAGCAGGCGCAGGUGAAGCCCGUGAAGCCCAGCGUGGCUACGGAGGAGGGCGGCCUGGAGGGUCUUCGUGCCCGUCUGGCAGUCAAGAUCCAGGCCAUGCGCGAGCAGCGUAAGGCUGAGGAGAAGACGGGCAAGAAGCGUCCGUCCCGCGCCGAGGCGGUGGCCGAGCAGCGUGCGCUGAAGAAGCGCAAGACGGCGGUCAACAAGAGCAAGGCCAAGGCUGAGAAGCGCGAGAAGGAGGCGGCGGCGAAGGCCGAGCGAGAGGCACAGGCUAAGCAGCAGGCGGAGACUACGGUAGACGCUGCGUCUAUCUCGUACGGUAGUCUGCUGCUGGACGACGGCACGGAGAAGGACAACAAGCCUAAGACACGCCACGGCCAGAGUGUCCGUGGUAUCCAAAACCUGCUGAAGAAGGCUGAGCGCAACGCUCAGCGUCUGGAGGAGCUGAAGAAGACGGAGGAGGGCAAGGAGAAGGCAAAGGCCAAGGGCUGGGACACGGCUCUUCAGCAGGCUGCGGGUAAGGUCGUGAUGGACGACCCGAAGCUGCUGCGUGCCAAGCUGAAGAAGAAGGAGAAGGCCAAGGCGAAGAGCUCCAAGGAGUGGAAGGAGCGUACUGCAAAGCUGGAGGUCUCCAAGAAGGAGCGACAGAAGAAGAAGCUGGCCAACUCGCUUGGCCGUGGCAAAAAGGACGCCGCCAAGCCCGCCGAGAAGAAGGGCCGAAAAGGACCGGUAAGUCAACUACAGACAGAACUUGUUGGCUGUAUGAGCUAAGGAGCAAAGUGUACUGACGUUGCUGUUUCUGUGUAUUCUAGCGCGCUGGUUUCGAAGGCAAGAAGGGCGAUGCGUUUCUGAACGCCGACAAGAAGGGAGGCAAGCCGUCCGGCAAGAAGUCGGCAGCACCCAGUAAGUAGUCGUGCAGCGGAGAGGCGUUCAGGUAUAUAAUAUAGACUGCCAGUUUGCAUCGCGAGGAGCAG